AUGGAAGGAAGAGGCUCAUAUCAGACUUCAUCAGAUCCUCCAGAGCUACGAACCCCUAGGCCUGCCUUGGUCCGUCUCCCUAGAUCAUCAAGCUACGCGUUCGGCCAGGGUGACCUUACUGAACAAAGCAAUGAAUUUUAUGCUAAUAUAUUUCCUUACCUAGCUCCGGAUCUUCCAAGCUUUGGCUGCCUUAGACAAGCCAGAAACACAGGCGAAAAGAGAUUCCCGGCCCCUGUUGUUUUUCCGCCAGCGAGUGAAACAGAAGUCCGGCCAGUUGUCUAUCCUAUUGCUAGCUCCAAAGGCAGAGUUCAGGAGCAAGACCAAUCUGUGGUUCCAAAUCUUGAGCCUAAAUAUCCCCCUACCCCAGCCAGGCCAGCAGAAGCAAAGGAAUUCAGCCCAUCCUUUGAUUGUCCUUGUAGGUUGAAACACUCCCUUAGGGCUUCUUUAUGCAAAUCCAUGAGGCUCCCCUUUGACUUAUGUACAUAUAUUGAUUGCCCUUGCAGCCACUUUGACAAUCCAAAAGCGCCAUCUGCCAGAUCUCUCCCAUUCUCAAGCACCUGUCUAUCCACAGUGGCCUUUGCAUGGGACAAGAUCGAGAGGAGGUAUAGGGAGGUGUCGAGAGAGCGGCCAGCCAUCCUUACCAAGCUCAUGGACCAGUUCAAUGUGAGAGACUGGUCGAGGCCAGAAACUCAUCCAGGAGCGACAAAUGACAAGGAUCGGAGCGGCGGCAGAACAACUAUCGAGUGUUCUGCACCCAGUUCCCCUCAGAAAACUCACAGUGAAGUGAAUAUUUAUUAUCCUAGGCUGAAGGAUAGUGAAUCAAGCUGUGUCCCACCCAAAUCUGCACCUCUCGUUCAGCCAGACGCUUAUAGUAUGCAAAAGCUAUAUCAAGCGCUGCCAGUUCCAACAGAACGAGAAAGUCAACCAGGUCUGCGGAAGGUAUUAUCGGCCCCCGAUUUCUCGGUGUUGGAGAUGAAUACUAACGGGGUAUCUGGGCCCAUGAACUGCGAUGUCCGUCGCAAGUCAAAUACUGACGGCAUUGUCUUGGGUGGGCCGCUACUUACAGCCACCCAACGGGGCCCUCAUUCAACAUGUGGAAGUCCUGAGCAUGUUCAGGCGCCCGUUAUUCCUAGUAUCCAUGGGACAUGCGGAGGGAUGGUGGCGCCAGUGUUGCCAGCAACGAUGCCAACUGAGCCUGCAGCAAAUCACUUUCACGAUGGUGAUGUUAUCAAUGCCCGUUUCGAACAGAUCUCGAUGGUACAAGCAGCCAACACCGAUGCCAUCUUGAGAAGCCUUCAAAGGCUGACGAACGAAAUCAGGGCGCUGCAAGUGGAGACAAGAGCAAAUACAAACCAUCUCCAUCAGCUCAAUGGUAGAGUUGCUGCCCUCGAAGCGAGCGGCAGCCAGCCCCCAGCCAAGCGCCUACACUAUCGCGGCAGCAAACCCCAUAGCAGCGGACAUGUUCGCGAUGUCCAGCAUGGUGGUCCAAAUCGACGACGUGCUCCCAGUCAACAACAGCACGCCGGAUAUUCACCACAUCUAGACAUGACGCCGAACCCGCUACAUUCUCCUACUGAACCACAGACAGCUAUGUUACCCUCUCAGGGGCCCCAGGUGGUGCCGCGAAACCGACAAUCCUGUCGACAACGUAUUUCUUCGCGGCGAGAUGCAAGCUUCAACAAUGGCGAAUGGAGCGGAACUUCAAACUGGUACCGAAAGGCCUAUGCGGACGGGAAGGGAAAUUGA